UCAGCUUAUACAAGAAAGCUGGAUACUUCAAAAAUUCGAGUGAUUUUUGAAUACGAGUUCCGACGCGGAACUAACGCUGCAGAAGCAGCUCGCAAUAUCAAUCUUUCGUUUGGAGAUGGGACUGCUAAUGAACGCACCGUGCGAUUUUGGUUCAAACGCUUUCGUGAUGAAAAUUUUGAUUUGAAGAACGAACCACAUGGAAGAUGGCCGACACAUGUGAAUAACAAUGAAUUGAAAGAGAUGAUGGAAGCCGAUCCGAGCCAGGAAUUAGCGGCAUGGUUUAACGUUACCUUACCUACAACAUUGACUUAUUUGCGUCAAAUCAAUAAUUUUUUUUUUAAUGAAAAAUGCGUGCAUCAUGCUUUGACUGAUCUGCAGAAAGAAACGCGUGUUGAAACUUGUGUUGCCUUGUUGAAUCGAUACAGAAAUGAAGGAAUAUAGGAUUGAAUUGUGACAUGUGAUGAAAAGUUGAUUCUUUACGAUAACCGUAGGCGGAAAAUGCAAUGGCUGACCCCAGGUCACGGUGUGGCUAUUUUGUUGUAGUUUUAAAUAUUCUAACAUCGUUUUUAUGUUGUACUGAAAUCUAUGAGUCCUGGUCACUUGAAAUGAAAGUAUAAUCGUUGUAAUGGUUGUCCUAGCAUCCCAUCACCCAGCUAAACUGGAAUGGAAGAUUGUGUCGCUGCUGAAUUAGCCCGCCGAAUAGUUCUGGCCAAUAAUGCGGCCUCUUACCAGUAAAUACAACUUGGCGUUGAAACAAUACCCUAACAAUAAUAAUGAAAUAAAAAUGAAACCCGCAAAAUUAUAAUUUGUGUAAUUACUGGUGGUAGGACCUCUUGUGAGUCCGCGCGGGUAGGCACCACCGCCCUGCCUAUUUCUGCCGUGAAGCAAUAAUGCGUUUCGGUUUGAAGGGUGGGGCAGCCGUUGUAACUAUACUUGAGACCUUAGAACUUAUAUCUCAAGGUGGGUGGUGCAUUUACGUCGUAGAUGUCUAUGGGCUCCAGUAACCACUUAACACCAGGUGGGCUGUGAGCUCGUCCACCCAUCUAGCAAUAAAAUAAAAAAAAAAACCAAGGAACGGUGCUGCCAAUUCUCGGGUGAAUGGUACUUCUUUGGGACUGCAAUACAACCUGAGAGAGGAAAUGGCGCCUCUCAUUAACCAGCGAAUGAAACCAUCACAUGAAAGCUUACCAAACACAUUUCGAUGUGGCCAUGGCGUUCUUUAUCAGAAACAAAAUGCUUGGGUUAACAAUAACUUUGAACACUUUAUCAUGGGCCGGAUUAAUAAUGCGAGAUCAAUACACGAAGACUCAAAGGAUCAUCGUCAGAGUGUAUGGGUGGCUGGUUUUCCUGUAUUUAUUUGUUGCUGCAACUUACGUACAAAUCGCGGACCUUAUUGACAUCUGGGGUGACCUUGAUCUCAUGGCGGAAACAUCUUUGCUUCUCUUUAUGGAAUUAGCAGUGAUUUCUAAGAUUUUAACGUUAAUAUUCAAAUACGAUAAAAUAAUGGAGAUCAUCAAUGGAACUGAAGACAUAUUGUGUUCUGAAAACAGAUUGGAAGGCCAAAAGAUUAUCGCGAGUAUCGAUAAAGAGACGACCCGGUUUUUUCAGUAUUACACUUCGUCUGUUAUUUUUACGACUUUUUUCUGGUUCUUGGGUGAGCAUAGCAGCACAUUUUUUAUUCGAGCUAAAUACCCGUUUAAUGAACUGAAAUCACCGGGCUAUGAGUUUGCACUUAUACAUCAGUGCAUGAUGAUGGUAUUCACGGGGUAUUUUGAGUUCAAUAUUAAUAUCUUCUUCGCAUCGGUGGUCGCAGGCUGCCGUUGUAGACUAAAGCUAGUGGCUUUGUCGCUACGAAAUAUCUGCAUCAAUAUACCGGUGAAUAAAAAGAAUCUCAUCACACCAGAAGAAGAAAAACUCAUUACAGAAAGGCUUCACUGUGCUAUUUCGCAACAUAAGUAUGCUCUGGACGCAGCGGAGGACGUUAAGCAUUGUUUAUCCAAAGUACUUUUGGUGCAACUCACGGUAUCCAUUGUGAUCAUCUGCACUACGGCAUAUCAAAUGGCUGUGAACAAAUCAACUGAUACUAUACAAAAAUUAUCAAUGGCUGGGUAUUUACUCGGAGCGUCAUUUGAAGUUUUUUUAUUCUGCUUUCAAGGACAGUCUCUUAGUAACGCCAGUGAAGAUAUUGCGGACGCGGUAUAUGAAUGUCCAUGGUACACCCUCACUCAGCCCUUGAAACGGACACUGUUAAUAAUCAUGAUGCGAGCACAGAGCCCCGCCAUACUCACGGCGGGGGGAUUCGUGACCUUGGACAUAACCGAAUAUAUGGCGAUAAUGAAAGCAUCCUACAGCUUUUUCACGGUUCUCCAACAAGUCAGCGAAUAAGACAAUGCAUAAUAACCAUCUCAAGCUUUUCAAGAUUUUUCUUCUCACAUUAAUUUAAAUAAUUUUAUGCAAUUGUGUGAUCAACACCUAAACCUUUUUUUUACACUUUCUGAACAACUUAACUACGAAUUUUAUAAAAAAAACUAGCGACCCGCCCUCGCUUCGCUUCGGAAACAUUAAAAAACACAUGAAACCAAAAAAAUAAAAUAAAAAAAAAGUAGCCUAUGUUCAUCAGGGACAAUGUCGGCUUCUAAUGAAAAAAGAUUUUUUCAAAUCGGUCCAGUAGUUUCGGAGCCUAUUCGGAACAAACAAACAAACAAAUCUUUCCUCUUUAUAAUAUUAUAUAAUAUAAUAUAUAAAAUAUAAUAUAUAAUAUAUAAUAAUAAUAAUAUUAUAAAAAAAAUAUCAUAAUAAAUGGAAAUUGUCUACAAACAACAGACCUUCCAAGAUCAUCGUCGAGUGGAAGAGCACGAUCGUUCACCAUCGCCACCUUUUUGGAACAACGAGGCGAAAUGGAUCAUCAUUAUCAUUAAUGGAACGGGAGGAUUCGUAAUGACGUGUUUAGGGUGACGUCGACUGUUUACCAUUCGGUCACCUGUCAAAAAUUAGCAAAAUAAAACAAUCAAUAGAUAAAAACCCGAGUUGACAAUGUAGACGAACCUGCACACAAAUACCAUUAUGUGCUUAUCGUCUGACGGGACUCUUAGUACGGCGGGUAGUAUCAGAUCAUCGAGCGAAAGAACACGGCCGGUCAUCAUCGCCACGUUUGGACCAAAUAAACAGAAUGCUCCGUCUACGGCCUCCGGUACCGCUGCUAUAGUGCGCUGGCGCAUGCGUUGCAAUCACUUAUAAUGCAAUAAACAUAUAAAUAAGAAUGAAUAAUAAUAUAAGCACACUCUUGUGUUAAUACGGAGGAAAAAACAAACAUCUCCGUCUAACAAUUGAGGAUGCGUUCGAAGUUGCAGACAUUGCCCGGGAACGUCUCGGCACAUCGACUGUCGGAUCACGUAAGAGCUAUCUAGCAGUUACUUGAUCGACUGCGCUACGAAGCACCCCUGUUCCCAUCGAACCACAACAAAGCGAUGUGGUCAUUGACACCAUCGAUGUUAAACUACGAUGAGGAAGUUCAAGUGCCGAUUUCAGCAAGUAUUCAAGACUAUGAGCAUAUAAGUAGUGCUUUGGAAGAUUCUAUUCAAGAAUAUAAGUUAGUUUUCUCCUGCUCUGGAUCACGGUUACCGCGUUUAUACACGUAUACGUACGUCAUUGGUAACGUUUCACAUCUAAGGGCUUUGGAAUCUAUUUUAGAACCACACCUAGACUCAAGCACAGAGUGUAUCUACUAGAACACACACUCAUCUACUACGCUGAGGUUUGUCGUGUGUCUGAGGUUAAGUUUCCAAAUUUAUCGCGGACACCCUAUCGAUCCCCAUUAAGCCACAGCGGCAGUGCAGAAUUAAGAAGCGUAUCGAUAGUGCCAGGAUACUUACAACAAAACUCUGUGCUACCAGACAGGCAAUAUUUGUUCACGGGUUAUGCGUUUAGUCAAUAAAGUGUUUGCCAAGACUCGGAUUAGCCCAAACGAUUAGGUACGUAGCCGUUGUACGUAUAGACUUCUGGAAACAUCUAGAAUGUACUUGGGCGGGCCUUAUUUGUCGUUGAAAGUACAUGAGACAUGAGCGGAACCACUUGAAUAGAAUUUUCAAAAGUGAUCAAAAAUUUAUAUACAGGAAUUGGGUGUCUCCUCAAUCCGAAGUGAAUAAUGGACGUCAAUUAACGACGAAUGUCAAUUUGUCAAUGAAGUGGACAUGUCAACAUUUUGGAGAAAUAUUUGGUUCAGACCCACCGGUCAUUCCGUAAGUAAAUAAAUGCAGACUACACGAAUGUGAACUGUAUAAAGAGGUAGAUCCAAUAGAUAUUUCGAUGCCGAACUGAAAACGUCCAGCGAGAGCGGGUCCGAAACUAAUGGGCUGGACUAAUCAAAGUUUUAGAGCUAUUUUAAAUUAACUCCAUAUUACGCUAAGGGUGUAUCACUUGUUCAUGAAAGACCCCAAAUUAUUUGCUUCUAAGAAACCACACUGGUUAACAUUACUUAAAAUAAUUGGAAACUUCUGUAAAGCCAUUGUGAUGGGAUUUGGGUUGGUAAAAGUGCUUUAAAAUCUGAAAAUGCACACAGAGAUGAAGUUCUAAGAUCUGAUUGCUUACAUAUUAUAAUCAGUGUUGUCUUCAGAUCUGUUUGUGAAUCGGAUACCUACAUAUAUCAUAAUAUGAUACUCUUUUGUGUGGACGCAGAUAUGCAGCAAUCGUUAAGAGAACGGUUCUUCGGCCGCGAGCAGAAACAAGAUUUGAACACUUAAUGGCUGGAUCAUGCCCAUGCUCACAUAUUCCUUUAGCACACUAAGGUGGACACAAACAGGCUUAGACGCUCUGGCCAUAAAAGCUCGGCAUCCAGAAUGAAUCAUCCAUUUUCAUCUGUGAUGGGAUUGUAUGUUCCGCGGACGGAGGCGUACUAUAUUAAAAGCCAAAUAUCUACAUCAGCGAAAGGUAUACAGAGCUUUACAAAAUAUCUCGUUAAGAUAAAACCAAUUAGGAACUCAAUCCACUGUUUUUGGUUAAAAAAAAUUGGCAGAAGCCGAAGGUGUUCAGUAUUACCGAUCGUAAUGAUAAGCCUGAUGAUAUGAUAGCGACCCAUCUGGUCUGCACGUGGAGCGGUAUUGUUGUAUAUUACAAUUCCUAAUGGCGAGAAUCUCGUGAAGGCAGAAAAUAUAUAAAAUACCUAGACAUGGCUCACGAGAUCAUCGUCACGGAGCGUGCUAUUUAAGCCAUCGUUGUUCUGAUAGUUGUUGGUGCACAGUUUGAUAGCGAAAAGUUUUGACCAACACGUUAAUCGUUCGUUGAUCCAGCUACGUUAAGGACCUUGUACAGAAAUUAGGAAUUCCUGACAGGACCCGUUUCAUGCGAAGGUUUUUCGCUCUGAAGCAAUAAGAAUCUAGUGGCUU